GUUACUACAGCGAUUGAAGCUGGGCUGAGCGGCGGAUUUUGACGCGCGUAAUGACGCCUUCCCUGGACGAAGUGCAGACAGUGUUACGACUGACAUGACGAGGGAACUGCACGUGCACUUGGGGUGAACUGUAACCCGGCUGUCCAUCUCUCGAGGCACCAUGGAGAACUUUAACCUGCGUUCAUUCGGCGCACCUUGCGUGAGCGAUCGUUUCCGAGACGUGUCCGUGCGUUUCCGAAGAACUUCCCACCUCUCUGUCGUCUCCUAGGACAUGCUGCGUUUUAUUCAGACCGCUCGCACACACUCGAGAGACGCUUCCCAGUAACAAGUAGAAAUGCAGAGCCGCUGUGCAGUGAGGAGCUCGGCCGGUCUGUCCGCGGUGCGCUCCUGCCUGCUGCUCCUCUUCAUCCACAUGAGCGCACCGGUGGAGGCGCGGAGAGUGCGCGGCGGUCGGGCGCAAACUCGGCGGGUGCAGCAGCAGCAGCAGCACCACCAGCACCAGCAGCAGCAGCAGCAGCAGCAGCAGCAGGCUCCGGCGUACAGGGAGCGGGUGGAAGGGCCAGAGAGCUUCCCUUUAGACUUUACCGCCGUGGAGGGCAACAUGGACAACUUCAUGGUGCAGAUAAAGAACUUGGCGCAGUCACUGUACCCGUGCUCUGCGCAGAAACUGGACCAGGACAUGAAGUUGCACUUUCUGAGGAACGCGUCCGUGACUUGCAAUGACGGGUCACCUGCAGGGUACUACAUCAAGGAGUCCACAGGCAGCAAGAGGUGGCUGCUGUUCUUAGAGGGUGGAUGGUACUGUUUCAGCAGGGAGACCUGUGACAGCAGGUACGAGACAAUGAGGAGACUGAUGAGCUCCACCAAGUGGCCACAAACCAGAACAGGAACAGGAAUUCUGUCUCCUCAGCCAGAGGAAAACCCGCACUGGUGGAACGCCAACAUGGUGUUCAUCCCAUACUGCUCCAGUGAUGUGUGGAGCGGAGCCACCCCGAAGACAGAUCACAGUGACUAUGCGUUCAUGGGGUCUAUGAUCAUUAGGGAGGUGGUGAACGAGCUGCUGACAAAAGGUCUGGACAACGCCAAGGUUCUUCUUCUUGCAGGAAGCAGCGCGGGCGGUACAGGCGCCCUGCUGAACGUGGACUACGUUGCCGAGCAGCUGGAGUCAAAGGGCUACACAGGGGUGCAGGUCAGGGGCCUGGCGGACUCCGGGUGGUUCCUGGACAACAAACAGUACAAAUUCACAGACUGCCUGGAUACCAUCAGCUGUGCCCCCAGUGAGGCCAUAAAGAGAGGCAUCAGGUACUGGGGCGGACUAGUGCCAGAAAGCUGCAGACAGGCCCACGUUGGAGAGGAGUGGAACUGUUACUUUGGAUAUAAGGUCUACCCCACGUUAAAAAGCCCGGUGUUCGUGGUGCAGUGGCUGUUUGACGAGGCCCAGCUGACGGUCGACAACAUCCACCUGACGGGACAGCCCGUCCACGAGGGCCAGUGGAGGUACAUACAGAACCUGGGCCAGGAGCUGAGGAGCACGCUCCGUGAUGUACCGGCGAUGUUUGCUCCGGCCUGCUUGUCUCAUGAGCUCAUUACCAGAACUUACUGGAUGGACAUUCAGGUGAAAGGCACCUCCCUACCCAGAGCCCUCCACUGCUGGGACCGCAGCCUCCAAGACAACCUCCACGUCAACAGCAGCCACGGCAACCACAGCCACCAAAAGCACAACACCCCACCCAUAAGGGGUUGCCCUCUACAUUUGAUCGACAGCUGCCCGUGGCCUCACUGUAACCCCUCCUGCCCAACUAUUCGCGACCAGCUGACGGGACAGGAGAUGAGCGUGAUCCAGUUCCUGAAACACAUGGGCUUUGACGUGCAGAAGGUGGCUCAGCAGCAGGGGAUGGACCCCAGGAAGCUACUGGGCAUGCUCAGUAACGGGAACUGACAUUUUAGUGCAGUGUCAGUAAGUUCUGCAGGGACGAGAAAAGUGCUAAAAAAUAAUUGUAAGACAAGAGCAACAUGGAAACAAAACUCUAAUGAGAAACUGUCAGUUCUUCCAAACAACAAACAGAACUAACUCAGCAUUCGUAAAACUGAAAGACUCAAAAACACUGAGGUGCCUGUUACUGAGUCAAAUACAAUCAAACCUAAACGUCUGAACUGUUUAAACACAGCAAAUGAGGUCACAUGUUCCUUGUUCUAACAUACUGACAGAGGCAUAGUUAUGCUGUUAUUGUGAGGUGUACACAAAUACAAUGAAAGCUGGGUACAGUGUGUAUAAAUAUAGAUACAGUAAAUACUGUAUAUACUGUAUAAUGUGUAUGUAUGUAUCUAAAAUAGUCUUCAGAGUUUUGAUGGGAAAGCACAGACUGAAAACACCUCGCAGUUGGUUUUGUGGGGAUUUGGUGCUCCCUUCUGUCAACUCUAAAAAUCACAUUCAGAAAUCCAUCUACAGUGCUGCUGCUUCUACCCUCCACCAAAUAUGCUGCUUUUUCUCGUUUUGGAAAAAAAAUAAUUUAAUGGUUAAUAUUUACUAAUAAGAGGUACAAAGAUUAAAAUUAUAAUGCUAUUACUGUUCUUCAGGCUACUUUAUAGUGCUUGUAUAUUUAUUUUUCUACUGAAAUAUAUUUUAUAUGUCCUGUAGUUGCAUACAGUUAGUCAGUGUAACAAUGUUUCCAUUUACUUUUUACUUGCAUGAUUGUAAAAAAAUCCUGUAUGCUAAUAGUACAGAUCAUGUCCAUAUUGUUUUUCAGGCUGUGGAGUUUGUAACAAAUAUUUUCUUGUGCUGUAGUUGUGCCCACACUUUACAUAAGCACUAAUAAAUACUAAUACACACCGAUAUGAUAAAACAUAAUUUAAUUUAAAAAAGAAUGACAAUAGAAGGCAUCA